AUGUUUGUAUUGAUGGUUUCUAGUCUCAGUCUUGCUCUUUUCUUGACUGGCAUCGAAGCCACUAUCGUUCUCUCUAUCUUCAACUCCCCGCUUGUAGUUUGUGGUAUUAUCUUCGGCGUGAAACAAACACUUCUUACCUGUCUAUUUCUCUUCGUGGCAUUCUCGGGGGGUUGUGCUGCCGCGCAAAACCUGUCCCAACUUAUUAUAUGCCGCACUUUCCAAGGCCUCGGUGGUGCUGGUAUCUAUUCCUUGACAUUCUAUUCCUUCGUUCGCAUUGUUCCCUACGAACAGUAUGAUAAAAUCAGCUCUGUCGCCGGUGGAAUCAUGUCUCUAGGACUUGUCCUAGGUCCCUUGUUCGGAGGCGCGAUCGCAAAUAGCGACAACUGGCUCUGGGUUUUCUUGUACAAUGUUCCAGCUGGCUGUAUUGCCGCAGCUCUUCUGUUCUUCGCCUUACCAUCCCAAUUUCCAUACCAAGCUAGGGCCUCAACCGACCAACCCAAAUCGGAUGGGAUUGGGGUGAAGAUUAAGACGUCGCUUCACAGGCUAGACCUUUUCGGCGCAUUUCUUAUUUUCACGGCAUGCUCAUUUAUUAUUGCUGCCCUGCAAGAGGGUAAUCUGGAGUAUCCAUGGUCCUCUGGCAUGGUAAUCAGCUUCUUCGUGAUAUCAGGUAUCGCCUGGAUUGCCUUCGUCGGGUGGGAAUGGCUCAUCUCUCUCAAAGCCCCUAAAAUCAGCGCCAUAUUGCCUUGGAGACUGACAUCCAACCGUAUUUUCAUGGGUGUCGCAUUAGGCAUGUUUACAACAGGUCUCCCCUUGACGGUGUGUAUUAUUCUUCUUCCACAAAGGUUUCAAACCGUCAAUGGGAGUUCACCAAUUGGCGCCGGCGUCAAAUUGCUAUCCUUCGCACUGAGCUGCCCGGUUGGCAUUAUUGGCUGCUCUAUUUUGGCAGGACGCAUUAAAGUGCCAUUCUUCUACAUCUCGCUAUUUGGUAUCAUCUUUCAGAUUAUAGGCCUCUUCCUCUAUUCGAGCAUUGAUUCCAUCGUUCAAGUCUGGCCAGGACAGUUCGGAUAUCUGGCCUUGGCGGGAUUGGGGUCAGGUCUAACUAUGGGGGCGUUUACGAUGCUUGGGCCUCUUGUGGUCGAUAAAGAGGAUCAGUCCAUUGCGUUAGGAAUCGGGCUGCAGCUUCGAAUGCUUGGUGGUGUUCUUGGAGUGGCAGCUUCGACUGCCAUUCUCAAUCAUUAUCUUGACAGCAGAUUGUCAUCGGUUCUCAAACCAGCCGAAUUGGCCGCGCUUUUGAGAAGCACCGAGGCUAUCUUAACGUUUGAUCAUGAUGUCCAAAUUCAUGUCCGAGAGAUCUAUGCGAUGGCGUAUAGCGCACAAAUUACGCUCGCGGCUGCGUUUUCGGUUUCACAACUUGUUGCUCUUGCGAUGAUCUGGAAAAGACAGAAUUUCAGGUACUCGAAGGAAUGA